AGCACAGCUCCUCUGAACAGCGGGAGCACUGCACCUCUCGCGCGCGGACAUCCUCGCCAUGCUUUGGAGGUUGAGCACGGGAAACCUGGGCGCGCUGCGCCGACCUCAGUGGGUUCCGGGAUGGCGGGGGACAAAGACGACGAGCUUCUUACGGAGGGCCAAGUCAGUCAAUGGGGUCCAUGACCAACAGACACCUUCGACGGCCAGCCCUCACCGCGAGACGGUGCUGCUGCCGAAGACUAGCAUGCCCAUGAAGCUGGUGGGCCGUCAGCAGACAGACAUGGAGCUGGAGAUUCAGCAGAAAUGUGAAUUUUCAAAACUUUAUUCAUGGCAAGAAAAAAGAAAUGUAAGAGAAAAUUUUUGUCUUCAUGAUGGACCACCAUAUGCUAAUGGUGAAGCCCAUGUUGGUCAUGCCUUAAAUAAGAUCUUGAAAGAUAUAACUAAUCGAUUUCAGAUGAUGAGAGGUGCAAAGGUGCAUUUUGUGCCAGGUUGGGAUUGUCAUGGAUUGCCCAUUGAAUUAAAAGCACUUUCAGAACUUGGAGAAAAAGCUCAGAAUCUUUCACCAAUGGAAAUUAGAAAGACAGCCAGAGCAUUUGCAGAAGCAGCUAUUGAAAAACAGAAAUCUGCAUUUAUUCGUUGGGGUAUAAUGGCAGACUGGGAUAAUUGCUACUAUACAUUUGAUAAAAAGUAUGAGGCCCAACAACUUAAAAUGUUCUAUCAAAUGUAUACUAAGGAUUUGAUAUAUAGAGCUUAUAAACCUGUAUUUUGGUCUCCUUCAGCAAGGACUGCAUUGGCUGAAGCUGAACUUGAAUAUAAUCCUAAGCAUGUCAGUCACUCUAUAUAUGCCAAGUUCCCGCUCUUGAAAGCUCCUCCCUUGCUGGCCUCUGUCUUAGAAGGUUCCUCGCCUGUCAGCGCAAUAAUCUGGACCACACAGCCUUGGACUAUUCCAGCCAAUCAGGCUGUUUGUUAUAUGCCAGAAUCUAAGUAUUCCAUUGUCAAAUGUACGAAUUCAGGAGAAUUUUAUAUACUGGCUGCUGAAAAAGUAUCAUCUGUGGCUACUGUUUUGGGAACAGAAUUUGAAGUUAUUUCAACAUUUUUAGGAGCUGAUUUGGAAAGUGGAUCUUGUGUUCAUCCUACAAUUGCUGGCAGAGUUUCCCCACUCUUACCUGCCCAUCAUGUAAAUUUGUCCAAAGGCACAGGCAUGGUUCAUAUAGCCCCAGCUCACGGGAUGGACGAUUACAUUGUGGCUUCCAGGCAUGAGCUGCCCAUGGAUUGUUUGGUGGAUGAAGAUGGGAAUUUCACAGAAGCUGCAGGAAGCGAACUUGAGAACAAGAACGCCCUUGCAGAAGGAACUGAUAUUGUGAUAAAGAUGCUUCAAUCUACAAAGAAUUUGCUAAAACAAGAGGAUAUUACACAUAGUUAUCCCUAUGACUGGAGGACAAAGAAACCAGUGAUAAUUCGCUCUAGCAAGCAGUGGUUUGUAAAGAUAGGAAAUAUGACAGCUACAGCCAAGGAAUCAUUAAGAAAGGUGAAAUUUAUUCCUGCAUCAGCAAUGAACAAUAUGGUGGAUAUGACAGAGAGAAGACCAUAUUGGUGUAUCUCAAGGCAAAGGGUUUGGGGUGUUCCAAUUCCUGUGUUCCAUCAUAAGACAAAAGAUGAAGUCUUGAUUAACAGUGAAACUAUUGAUCAUCUUGUUCAACUAGUAGAAAAACAUGGAAGUGAUAUCUGGUGGACUCUUCCUCCUGAAAAGCUUCUGCCUCAAAAAGUCUUAUCUCGGCUUGGUGAUCCUGAUGCAUUGGAAUAUGUGCCAGGUCAGGAUAUCUUGGAUAUCUGGUUUGAAAGUGGAACUUCAUGGAAUUGUGUUCUUCCAGAUCAAAGAGCAGAUUUAUAUUUGGAAGGAAGGGACCAGAUUGGAGCCUGGUUUCAGUCUUCUUUAUUAACUAGUGUUGCAGUAAGGAAAAAAGCUCCUUUUAGGGUUAUUUUGGUUCAUGGUUUUACUCUUAGUGAUAAAGGAGAAAAGAUGUCUAAAUCUCUUGGAAAUGUAAUUAGCCCAGAUGUUAUCAUCAAUGGAGGCCAAGACCAUAGCAAAGAUCCUCCCUAUGGUGCAGAUAUCCUUCGGUGGUGGGUAGCUGAAUCACAUAUCUUCAGUGAAGUGAAAGUCGGGUCACGUAUACUUAAUGCAGCCAGAGAUAAUAUUGAUAAGCUAAGGAAUACACUUCGCUUUCUUUUGGGAAAUGUGGCUGACUUUAAUCCUAAAACAGAUAGUGUUCCCUUUGAAGAGAUGUAUAUUAUAGACCAGUACAUGUUACAUUUACUUCAAGAUUUUGGAAAAAAGGUUACUGACGCUUAUAGGCAAUAUGAUUAUGGGAAAGUUAUUCGGCAUUUACAAGCAUUUUAUCCUAGCCAACUUUCUAAUUUUUACUUCAGCAUAAUCAAAGAUAGGCUAUAUUGUGAAAAAGAAAAUGAUCUCAAGCGGCGUUCUUGUCAGACAGCAUUAGCUGAGAUUUUGGAUGUAAUGGUGCGUGCGAUUGCACCCAUUCUCCCGCAUUUGGCUGAAGAGGUGUUCCAACACAUCCCCUAUGAAAAAGAACCCAAGAGUGUAUUUCGUUCUGGAUGGAUUACUACAAGUACUCUUUGGAAGAAACCAGGGUUAGAGGAAGCAGUGGACGCAGCAUGUAAAAUGAGAGAUGCAUUUCUUGGAAGCAUCCCUGGCAAGAAUUCUUUGGAAUAUGAUGUUACUGUUGUGAUUGAUCCUGGACUACUGUUUGAAAUUAUUGAGAUGCUACAUGAGCAAAAAACCUCUGGUAUGUCUCAGUUAAGUGAACUAAUGAUGACUUCACAAAUAUCUCUGUUAGCUCAAGAUCCAAUAGCAAUCCCUGCAGAUGCAAUUGAACUUAAAGGGAGUUAUGAAAUCAACUUAGAAGGUAUUUGUGAAGAAAGUUCAUAUAAAAUCAUUGUCACACCAUCUACCAAAGAAAAAUGUCCCCGCUGUUGGAAGUACACAUCUGAUUCUCCAAAUGAACUUUGUCCCCGUUGCACUGAAAUUCUUGCUUGAAAAGCUAAAUUAACAAAGCAAAACACUUUUUACAUGAAAGCAAAAAGUCUCUGGCUUUGAAAUUUCUAGUAGCUUAUCUGGAUUGGCCAGUGAGGGUAAGGGUAAGGAAUAAAAUUUUGAAAGAUUUUAUGCUCAGGCUUGAACCUCUGCUAGUCGUUGUCUAGAUUUUGGAUUAUUUUUCCAGUGAAAUGGAAGAUAUGGAUGAUGGUGAAAGUGAAAAUCACAGUAUUUUAAAAUUUUUCAUGUGACAAAAAAACCUAAUAUAGGUUAUGGAUCCUGACUCUGUAAUCCAAUCUGCCUUCAGAUGUAUAGGUCAGUUGAAAAUGCUUUAUAUUUUGUAAAUAUUUUCUUUAACAAAUGUAUUCAGAGUUAUCUCUGAAAAUAAAGCUCUUUAUUGAGUU